UCAUACUCAGAACAGGGAGAUGUAAAAACGACCCGGAUUUGGGCGGAGUUGACUUUGGGUCGAGUUGACCUGCUUCCGCCUAGAAUUACUAAAAUAAGGCAGGGAGUUUUGAUUUUUGGUCAUGUACCGUACUAAGUCUAUGGAUUAUGAUCUCUGUCAUUGUCUAGAAUGGGGACUGGUGGACAUUAAAAUUGGAAAACUGGAAAUAUACUCCAGACAAGACCUCGCGCUGUGUUGUUGUUCAGCCAGCAUCACUGUCACUUUAAAGCCUAUAACCAUGCUGUAACCAACCAAAGCGAUGGUCCUCCAUGGUGUACUUUAAUGGAUUUGCAUUGCUGCCAAUUCUUGACCAAAAUCACAUCAUUGCUGAAACAAGAUGCCACCUCAAAAACUCCUUGAUUUAUGUUUGGAUUUUGUUUCACAAAAUGUCCAACAUGUUGAAAGUUUUGAGUACAUCCCAGAUGUUGUCGGAAAACAGAUCUUCAAACGAAUAAUUCAGCUGGAAAAGUCAGGAAAAGCAUAUUGCAUAGGAACCAAAUCACUGAAGUUGUUGGUGAGCACCUAUGGAACAGAUUUACUCACUUCAUUGAGUCUGGUUAAUCAGAGAGAUGUUCUUGAUAAGUAUUCUGAGAAGUUUGAUGUUUUGCUGGAUUGUGACGGACUUGUGUCAUUGGACUUUGGAAACUGCUGCUUAAAUGAUGAACAUCCGAUUUUGAAAGUAAUUGCAAGGAUGAAAAGAUUAAAGAAUUUAGGACUAUCAUACAAUUUGAUAAGCAGAGCUGGAAUAAGAUGUCUUACAACACCUGUUCGUAUGUUGAAAGAUGGACCGGUUGAUUUAGCAUCCCUCCAACUAGCAGGUAACCUUCAGAUUAAUGAUUCCAGCAUCCGGUACCUGUUAGCAUUUAAACAACUCAAGUUCCUGGACGUGUCAGAUAAUUUUAUUUCGAAUGAAGGAGUGAUGUCUCUUUGUGAGAGCUUGCAUCUAACAUUCAUGGCAGAUGAUAGAAAAUUUGUUGAAAUUAGCACAAGCGGAUGGGCUUCACCUCUAGUCCAUAUAUGGCUACAAGAGAAGCCACAGCCAACAGCACAACUUAUACAUUUUUAUGGAGAUGUUUAUUCCAAGAAGGUUAAAAGAAAUCCACAAACGCAAGUCUCAAGAAACAUUAGGCUAAUUGCAAGUAGUUUUAACAAAGCAGACUCCAACAUGUUGGACUCUGUUAGUGGUAAAUUACACACUUAUCAGCCAUGUCUACCACAUUCGAUAAAACUUGAUGAAAACUCUGAGAAGAGAGGUAUCAACAACGAUGAGGACUCUGAGGAUAAUGGAAGAAGAAAGAAGAGGAAAUUGAAUGAACUGAACUCAGUCUCACUGCCGCAUAAGCAUCAAUCUGGUUUUCGACGUGCUUUUAACAAAACUUUGAAGGAAAAAACAAAAGUAAAAAAUAAAAAUAUUAAGGUGCUUGUACCAAUGGCUGUAAAAAUGCAGAAGAUAAAAGAUGCUGCAAGUAGUAAUAGCACGCUGUUAUCAGCUCUUGAUUGUGCUGAGGAUGAAUCAUGUGAACAGAGUAUAAAGGGAGACUACAAUAAAAAUAAAGAGACAACUAAUACACCAACCAAUCAGUUGAAACCUCUACCAAUUAAAAAAUUUAAACUUAAAAAAAGAUGAAGAAGACUGUCAGUCUGUCUGCUGUACAGCUUAUAGUAAAAAGACAAUUUAAAAAUAUUUGGGUCGGUUAAAUUGUUCAUAAAGUUAAUUAUUUGUAUUUUAGUACCUCAGUUGAAUAUUUGAAAAUGUAUUAAAAUACUGUAUACUGCAA